ACUUUGUUCUUCCAAUAUUUAAUCAAUAUCCUUUAUUGACUUCCAAGUAUUAUGAUUACAUGAAGUUUAAGAAAACAUUAGAGAUGUUGGAUGAUUCUCCAGCGAAUACAUCCACCAUCUUGGAAAAUUUAAAAAAUAGCACGAGUGAUGAUACAAUCUCCUCAGCAUGGAAUGUGACCACUUAUCCUUUUAAAAAUGCCGACGAUGUCAAAUUAGUGAUGUCUAAACCUUGGCUUGUAGGGUUUGUUGAAGCUAAGGCUUCUUUCUUUUUGAAAAUGGAAUCUUGUCCGGAAGGUGAUCGAUAUAAACAUGCUUUCCAUGUGAGUCAAAAGGGUAAUAAAAUUGUACUUGAGGGUGUUAAAUCUAUUCUUCAUAUAGCAACAAAAGUUCUUUAUCAUGAAAAAGAAAAUAUUUAUGAGAUAACUACUACAAAUUCGAGAGCCAUUGAUAAUAUAUCCCGUUUUUUUAAUUAUACUUUUAAAGGAAUGAAAUCAUUGGAAUUUAGAAUCUGGGCCCGUUCUAUUAAUUAUAAAAGUAAUUUAAAUAAAUUAGCUAAAUCUGCCCGCAUUCUUGCCAAGGCUCAAGCCAAAUUUUCUUACAAUAAACCUUUUUGA